UACCCAAUUUUCCUCUUUUUCCAGCCAAGAAGAUGGCGCAGACACCGCCAGGACAUGGGCACACGGAGAACCUGGGUGCCGGCAAAGCCAUUGCCGUCCUCACCUCCGGGGGGGACGCCCAGGGCAUGAACGCAGCCGUCCGCGCCGUGGUGCGGGUGGGCAUCUACACCGGUGCCAAGGUCUACUUCGUGCACGAGGGCUAUCAGGGGCUGGUGGACGGUGGGGACAACAUCAAGGAGGCCACGUGGGAAAGCGUCUCCAUGAUGCUGCAGCUGGGGGGCACAGUCAUCGGCAGCGCCAGGUGCCAGGAUUUUCGGACUCGGGAGGGACGCCUGAAAGCCGCCCGUAACCUGGUGAAACGCGGCAUCACCAACCUCUGCGUCAUCGGCGGCGAUGGCAGCCUCACUGGCGCCGACACCUUCCGGGCCGAGUGGAGCAGCCUCUUGGCUGAGCUGGUUAAAGUGGGGGGAAUUACGGCGGAAGAGGCGAAGAAGUCGAGUUACCUGAACAUCGUGGGCAUGGUGGGCUCCAUCGACAACGACUUCUGCGGCACUGACAUGACCAUCGGCACCGACUCGGCGCUGCACCGUAUCAUGGAGAUCGUAGAUGCCAUCACCACCACGGCCCAGAGCCACCAGCGGACCUUCGUGCUGGAAGUGAUGGGUCGCCACUGCGGCUACCUGGCGCUCAUCACCGCCCUGGCCUGCGGUGCCGACUGGGUCUUCAUUCCCGAGUCCCCCCCCGAGGAUGACUGGGAAGAUCACUUGUGCCGGAGGCUGACGGAGACCCGCGUGGGCGGCUCGAGGUUGAACAUCAUCAUCGUGGCCGAGGGCGCCAUCGACAAGCAUGGCAAGGCCAUCACCUCCGAUGACAUCAAAAACCUGGUGGUGAAGCGUUUGGGUUAUGACACCCGGGUCACCAUCCUGGGCCACGUCCAGCGUGGCGGGACGCCCUCCGCCUUCGACCGCAUCCUGGGCAGCCGGAUGGGUGUUGAAGCCGUCAUGGCUCUGCUGGAGGGGACCCCCGAGACCCCCGCCUGCGUCGUCAGCCUCUCGGGCAACCAAGCCGUGCGCCUGCCCCUUAUGGAGUGCGUCCAGGUGACCAAAGACGUGACGACGGCGAUGAACGAGGGACGCUUCGAUGAUGCCCUGAAGCUGCGGGGCCGGAGUUUCCAGAACAACUGGAAUGUGUACAAGCUGCUGGCACACAUCCGCCCUCCCUCCACCAAGAGCGGCUACACGCUGGCCGUGCUCAACGUGGGCGCCCCGGCUGCCGGCAUGAACGCGGCCGUCAGGUCGACCGUGCGGAUCGGACUCAUCCACGGGCACCGGAUGCUGGCGGUGCACGACGGCUUUGAAGGGCUUGCCUACGGGAAGCUGGAAGAGAUCAGCUGGGAGAGGGUCGGCAGCUGGACAGGGCUGGGAGGAUCCAAACUGGGGACAAAGAGGACCUUGCCCAAGAAAUACUUUGAGGAAAUCAGCACCAGCAUCAGCAACUUUGGCAUCCACGGGCUGAUCAUUAUUGGCGGCUUCGAGGCUUUCACGGGCAGCCUGGAGCUGAUGGAGGGGAGGGCCAAGUACGAGGAGCUCUGCAUCCCGCUCUGCAUCAUCCCCGCCACCGUCUCCAACAACGUCCCCGGCUCCGACUUCAGCAUCGGCGCUGACACCGCGCUCAACACCAUCACCACAACCUGUGACCGCAUCAAGCAGUCGGCGGCCGGGACCAAGCGUCGCGUCUUCAUCAUCGAGACCAUGGGCGGCUUCUGUGGCUACUUGGCCACCAUGGCGGGGCUGGCGGCCGGUGCCGAUGCUGCCUACAUCUACGAGGAACACUUCAACAUCCACGACCUGCAGGUCAACGUGGAGCAUUUAACUGAGAAGAUGAAGACGACAGUGAAGAGGGGGCUGGUGCUCAGGAACGAGCGGUGCAACGAGAACUACACCACCGACUUCAUCUACAACCUCUACUCGGAGGAGGGGAAGGGUAUCUUCGACUGCCGGAAAAAUGUGCUGGGGCACAUGCAGCAGGGCGGCACCCCGACCCCCUUCGACAGGAACUUCGGCACCAAAAUGGGUGCCAAGGCAGUGGCCUGGAUCACCGGGAAGAUCAAGGAGUGCUCCCGGCACGGUCGGAUCUUCGCCAACACGGCUGACUCGGCUUGUCUGCUGGGUAUGCGCAAGCGCAGCCUCGUCUUUCAGCCCAUCGCUGACCUCAAGGAGCAGACAGAUUUUGAGCACCGCAUCCCCAAGGAGCAGUGGUGGCUGAAGCUUCGUCCCAUCCUAAAAAUCCUGGCCAAGUACAACAUCGAGCUGGACACCUCAGAGAAAGCCCACCUGGAGCAUGUCACACGCAAGAGGAUCUCACUCGAGUCCAACAUCUAAGAGGCGAUCACCAGCGUGGCUUCCCCCAUCCCAGAGCAUG